CUAGUGCAUCCCUGAGUUUUUCUCUUGUUGAUAACUUUUCCGGAGUUAAGUAGGCUGCAGAUAUUCCCAGAGGCAUGAAUGUUCAGUGGAAAAAAAAAAAAAAAGGAUUGGAAUAUCAUCUCUAGUGGUUGCUAAAGGCUUUCCUUCAUAUAGAAUUUGAUGUGUGAUAUAAGCAGAUUCGCAUGUCACAGAUAUUAUGGAAUGUAGAAAAAAGCAAGUCUGCUCUGAAAGGAGGAUUUAUUUUAAUUUCAAGUAAUCAUUGCUGAAUGAUGUGAAGCUAUUAUGAUUUCUAAGCCUUUAAUGAAGCUAGUUUUGUAAAUGAUGGCUACUGAAGAGAAAUGAAUAAAAGAUUCUAGCCUUUGCAGAGAAUACUUUAAUACUUGCAAUUUGAUGACGUGAGCCAUGAGCCAGUCAGGAUGCUUUCAGAACUGCAUAACUUGAGAAGGAGGACUUGAAAAAGUUGCCUCUGCAAAGCAAGCAAACAGCUAAUCUGCAUAAGUGACAUGUUAUAAUGGAGAUGAUUUUAAAGCAGAAAAGACACGAUCUCUGCAGUCAACCAUAGGAGCUUGUCAAUAUCAAGGACUCUUUAAUUUAAUCAUUACAUUGAUUAUUUUUUUUAAGGUUUGUGGAUUCAAUCCACAGUGGGCUGUACUGCCUCAGUUUGUGGAAGCUCUACAUAACAAGUUGCCAUAUUUUUAUUUUUAAGAUCUCUUCUGUAGAGGAGCCUUUGAGUCCUAUCAAGUUGCUCCGUUUCUCAUUCUCACACAAGAUCUGUUUGCAAGCCUGUCCUUUGCGUGAGCCUCACAAGGGAGCUGGUGAGGAGCCUGAGCAGAGCAGGCUGGCAGGAACACCGGGCUGCUGCUUCUGAUCAGAGCUGUGCCUGCUGCUGCUCUCCUCUUCCUGGGCAGCUGCCUGGGGGAGCAGAGUUCAAGCCCUCAGCCCUUGCUUUCUCUGGCAAGGGCUGGUACUUACGUAUCCCAUGUCUUGAUAUUGCCCUGUGCCCAGUGGUGUGCAGCCCUGAUGGGAAACAUUCUCAACCUCGUGUUGAACUUUUUUCUAUUCAAAGAAAAUGGAGUUAUCAUAGAAUGAGGCACAUUCUCACCAUGCAGCCUGGUAACUGGGGCAUCUGGCUGGGGAGGAGGUGCUGACUUUUUUCUCCCUUGCUCAAAGAGUUGCACAAAUGAUCAUUGCAAAUGAGGGGAAAUCCAAGUCAUCUACUUGGACAGCUGAAGGUGAGGCUAAAGUCAUCUUUGAGAGCUAUUUGGUGCUUUUGUGCGAGGAACAGCUUCAGCUGGAGAUCGAAAUUGCCCCCAUCUGUACCUGUUUGGUUGCUUUUUUGGAAGGUGGAAAUGUGGGCUUGAAGUAUUAAAAAGGAAUUAAGUUUGUAUCUCUGUGUGGGUGAGAAAUCUAGCUGGUGAAGGAAGAUGUAAGCCAACACCAGCCACUAACUGAACUGCGUCCCUUUCUCUACUUUUGUGUCAUGUUCUUGUACUGAUGUGGAGCAGUAAAUGUCUCCUCCUGCUGUUAGGCCUCUGAGCUCUGGAUAUGAAUGGAUUUGAGAAUGAAGCGUUGUCAGCAGUGUUUCCAGUCAGCUCUUCCAGACAGUGCAGGGCUCAGCAUCCUUUGCAGUGCUCCGGAGCCUCUCCUUGCAGCUCGGUUCUGGCUGCCUUCAGGUUGGCAGAUUGGGAAGGCAGGCAGAGGAGACAGGUAACUGCUGAGCCUGGCCAAGUUAACAUGCAAAUUUGAACCUUUUUCCAAAUACAGACGUUAAUGACAUGUGUCUGUAUUUCAGAUAAAAAGCAUCUCAGUCUCAUCUAGAAAGUGGUCUGGAGGUCCCAAACUUCCCAUGAGGGAGGAAGACAGUAGCACUUAGAUUAGCUGUACACUGUGUCAUGGGAUUGGGUAGCUAAAAGUUAAUGUAAAAUAAGAACAUCCAGAUCUUACAGCUUCUAUCUGGAAGUGGUACAGCUGAUCAAUGAGGGUACUGGGGCUUCACACCCACCUUCCUGUCACUGCGAUCAGUUCCAUCAAAUAUCCUGGUCUAAAAUAAUCACAGGAAAGUCAGCGGCUAUCAUUGUUACUAAACUCCAGUGCAACCAUUUCUGCAAUGGAAAAAUGUUACUGUAUUACAAACAAAAUGACUCAACUCUGAUAUAUUAUGUAACUUUGAAGCUAGGCGGGUGUUUUUUAUUUGUCAUCUGAAAUGCUGCUUUUAAUAGUAAUACAUGUCAUUCCUACAACAUAGUAAAUAGUAAACAUAGUUAUAUAUAUAUGUGUGUGUGUGUGUGUAUAAAAUUUGCUGUGUCUCACCAAGCUCUUGUAUGUUUGACCUGUUCCUCUAUGUGGGAUGCUUGUGCUUUGGCAAGGAAAAGAAGCCUGGUAUCAUGUGUAGAGGUGGCAUAUUUAACAGACAGAUCAAGUAGACAAAGGAUAAUUACACUGAGCAUAUUUUCUGUUUAAAACCAAAACCCCAGUGGCUUCUUGUUUUAUUUUGUUUUCUUCCUUUGUUCAGUUCAGAGCACUGGAGCAAUUUGUUCUUCAGGAGUCCCUGAAAUCCAUUGGUUCUGACAAGGAACAAGAACGUGUUACAUUUGGCUUAUGCCUUCUGUAGGAGUCAGCGUGAUGGGGAGGAGGUUUGGCACCUUCUGAAGGCACAGCCUUCAGGUGGGGCAGUGACAGGUAGCAGCUGUGGUGGCUUCCUCUUGCUGUGGCUGCCCGAAGCUUUGAGCUGAGAGCUUUCCUCAACUGUGUGCCCAUUUCGUUAGUCUUUUUCCUGACAAGAAAUCUGGAAGUCAGCACAUGCUGAGAAGAGUCUGCCAUUUCUGAUGGAACAGUGCGCAGAGAUCUGUACAAAUCAGGGGUGCACUCUUCAAGAAUCUGUUCUGCUUUCUUUCCGUGCUGGUCAGGGAAACAACUAUUUUAGAAGCCUGUAGAGAGGUGGUGUUAGUUGCACAUGUCUGUAGUAUCUGUGGAGACUGAAUGUGGGUACUGAGUUGGAGUUCUUGCACUUCAGCUACUUAGUAAGCGGUUUGCUCGGAGGCUGCCAGUGACCAGCAGCACAGUGGCAGCGGGAUGUGCGUGCAGCAGCCUUCCUUUGCAUCUCUCCCCUUGUGUGUCACCAUGGCAGCGCUUCCUUGAACAGUCCGGGCUGUGCAAAGAGGAGCGUAAGGCCCUGGGUUUUGGUCUUGGAGCAGCACAGUGGUGGUGGCAGCACCUCAGUGUUCCAGGAAUGCAGGUAUUUCCUGCAAGGCUUUAUGCCGCAGUUCUGCCCAGCACUUGUUGUUGAAGCGAGUGAGCUGAAGAACGUGGUGGGAUCCUUUAUAGAGGAAUGAAAUGUCUUUUUAGGUGCAUUGGCUCAUUUGUUUUUGCAAUUACUUGUUUUGCUUUGGGGUUCCAGUGGUUAAAAGAUAAGUGUAGCAAUAGCAGGUUAAAGAGGAGCAUCUUUUUUCACCCCUGCGAGAGCUUUGACUGUGCUUUCAGACAAGCUGGAUGAAAAUCUGUUGUCCAGUACGUGUGAAUAUUUUGGCCAGUGUUAGAAGCACUGCCUCAGCAGCUUUGUUCUUAAGGGACAGGUUCAACUUCCAGUUUGUUUUGUUUUAUGUUCACUGUGAAUUUGCUUUACUGGGGGUGGGAUUUCUGCAUAAUACCAAAAAGCGCGCUGAGGUAGGCACGUGUUGUACAAAUGUCCUGUUACUUAAGGGGCUCUGAAUGGUCAUCGUGUUAAAUAGAAUUUCUGAACAGAUGGCUACAACUAAUGUGUAAUGCUGGAGCACCAAAUAGACUCGAUAUGUGAUGUAAUUAUCUCAGUGGUCCAAUACUUUAGCAUUAAUUACAUGUUAGCACAGCCAACAGUGGACUCACAGUGAAGCGUUACUGAAUUCAAAUCCAGGAGAGAGAGCACAGCUUUCUUAAAACAAUUACCUUUUUUUCCAUGAAAAAAAAAUAUAUGUAUUGAAAUGUGUCAUUUAAAUAUCUAAAUAUUUGCAUUCUAAUAAGCUGCUAGGAUAGGCUUGUUCAGAGCCUUGAAGUGAACUAACAGGUCUGCAGGUUGCAUAGAAAGUCAACAUUGCUGCACAUUGCAGUGCAGGGUGGGGCUGUUCUGCUCACAGGUGAAUGUGGAUAUGAGUCUUCCACCCAAGUUUUAAUGUAAAUGGUUUCAGUGAACUUCCCAGGCAUGUUGUCUUUUUCAUAGGACUUAAGUUAUGUAAAAUGUGACAUAUUUUAGAACAGCUGUUUUUUUUGAAUAGGCAGAUGUAAAGGACAUGCAUGAUACCUCUGAACAGAGAAUUUUCAAGAGAAAACCCUUAAUAACAAACCAAUUGAAGUUAUUGCUUGCUUUAUCCUUAAGUGCUAUCCAGAAUGCCAGGAUUUUCUGUAUAUCAGAUGUUUUCCUGCAAGUUUGCUGAAGUGGGGUUGUGUUGUUGUGUCUGGUAGAGGUGUAAAAAGCAAAACUAGGCAGAACGAUCUCGAGUGCUCUGAUGGGGGAGGGAGAGGGAGGUGGCAUAAGAGAGUCAUAGAAUUAUUAAGGUUGGAAAAGGCCAAUAAGCUCGUGUAGUCCAGCUGCAGCACCACCAUGCCUGCUAUGCUGUGUCCUUAAAAGAGUACUUAUCUCUUGUUAUUUGUAUCUUUUUGUGAUUCUCAAUAGAAAAUGGUUUGGUAUCUGAUGAAACCUGAAUAAAAACUUCAGAAGGAAAGCAUUGCUGUACUUCACUUCAAAUGAAGUGAACAUAGGUAAUAUUUUGUGCCUUCCCAGGCCCAUUCUGUAACCAGAGAGUUCUCUUAGAGCUGUGAGUGUGAGUUAAGGUGAGAUUGCAUGCUUAUGGUCUUUCCGUGCCAAUAAAUGUCUUCCUUUUCCUAACUAAAGUUGUAUUUAAUCCUGUGAGAAGAACUUUAAUGCCAUUUAUUGUGAAUAUGUUCAAAUUCAACCUACUGUAGCCUACAGUAAUUCAGUUCAUGAGCCUUUCUGUACAAUUAUUAAACUAUCAAGAAGUUGUAUUUUGAGUACUUUGAUGUUAGAAUUCCAUGUUAGUCUAUAAAACACUGAAAUGGUAUUUUUUUUUUAAUUCAGACUCAUUCUAGACUACCAGAAAGCAUGUUUUAAAUAAUCUGUUAUUCACUUACAGCUGCCAAAACGUAGUACAGUGAAAUAAUGGUCUUCUAGCCUGCUAAGCAACUGUCCAGCUUCCACAAUGCCUGUGCAGGCAGCUCAGUGGACAGAAUUUCUGUCCUGCCCAAUCUGCUACAACGAAUUUGAUGAGAAUGUGCACAAACCCAUCAGCUUAGGUUGCUCUCACACUGUCUGUAAGACCUGCCUGAACAAGCUUCAUCGCAAGGCAUGUCCUUUCGACCAGACUGCCAUCAACACAGACAUCGAUGUGCUUCCUGUAAACUUUGCACUCCUCCAGUUAGUUGGAGCCCAGGUACCUGAUCAUCAGACAGUAAAGUUGAGUAAUGUAGGAGAGAACAAACAUUAUGAAGUAGCAAAGAAAUGUGUUGAGGAUUUGGCACUCUACUUAAAGCCAUUAAGUGGAGGAAAAGGUGUUGCUAGCUUGAAUCAGAGUGCACUGAGCCGUCCAAUGCAAAGGAAGCUUGUGACACUGGUGAACUGUCAGCUGGUAGAGGAAGAGGGUCGAGUUAGGGCUAUGAGAGCAGCUCGAUCGCUGGGCGAGAGAACCGUGACAGAAUUGAUCUUGCAGCACCAAAAUCCUCAGCAGCUUUCUGCCAAUCUUUGGGCUGCUGUCAGGGCACGAGGAUGUCAGUUUCUAGGGCCAGCUAUGCAAGAGGAGGCACUGAAACUUGUAUUACUGGCACUGGAAGAUGGCUCCGCACUCUCAAGAAAAGUUCUGGUACUUUUUGUGGUGCAAAGGCUAGAACCAAGAUUUCCUCAGGCCUCUAAAACAAGCAUUGGUCAUGUUGUGCAGCUACUGUAUAGAGCAUCAUGCUUUAAGGUCACUAAAAGGGAUGAAGAUUCUUCUCUGAUGCAACUUAAAGAAGAGUUUCGGAGUUAUGAGGCUUUGCGGAGAGAACAUGAUGCCCAAAUUGUUCACAUUGCCAUGGAAGCAGGACUUCGAAUAUCACCAGAACAGUGGUCUUCCCUUCUUUAUGGCGACUUGGCACAUAAAUCUCACAUGCAAUCCAUUAUCGACAAGCUCCAAUCUCCAGAGUCUUUUGCAAAGAGCGUGCAGGAAUUGACGAUCGUCUUGCAGCGCACAGGUGAUCCUGCAAACUUAAACAGGCUGAGACCUCAUUUAGAGCUCCUGGCAAACAUAGACCCAAAUCCAGAUGCAGCAUCUCCAACAUGGGAGCAGCUGGAAAAUGCAAUGGUGGCUGUGAAGACGGUGGUACACGGGCUGGUGGAUUUCAUUCAGAAUUACAGCAGAAAAGGCCACGAAACUCCACAGCCACAACCAAAUAGCAAAUACAAAACAAGUAUGUGCCGAGACCUUCGACAACAAGGGGGAUGUCCAAGAGGAACCAACUGUACAUUUGCUCAUUCUCAGGAAGAGCUUGAAAAAUAUCGCUUGAGGAACAAAAAAAUCAGUGCAACAGUGAGAACAUUCCCCCUUCUAAAUAAAGUUGGCGUUAAUAGCACCGUCUCAACCACUACAGGAAGCGUAAUUUCUGUCAUAGGAAGCCCUGAAGCAACAGGAAAGAUGGUGCCAAGUACUAAUGGAAUAGCUAAUCUAGAAAGUGGUGUUCCCCAAUUGAUUCCUCGCUGUGCAGACACCUCCUUAAGAGCUUUGGAGAACACAAAGAAGGCAGGGAAGAGUGGAGCCAAUGGCCAGAAUGUUUCUGGAUCCCCUACAGAAUCACUACCUGAGAAUAAAAUUGGUUCUCCACCCAAGACUCCUGUAAGCCAGGCAGCAGCUACCUCAGCUGGUCCUCCUAAUAUUGGAACAGAAGUGAAUUCUGUGCCUCCAAAAUCCAGCCAGUUUGUUCCCAGAGUACCUGUUUACCCUCCACAUUCUGAUAACGUUCAGUAUUUCCAAGAUCCCAGAACUCAGCUGUCGUAUGAAGUUCCACAGUACCCACAGACAGGGUACUAUCCACCACCUCCAACAGUACCAGCUGGCGUGGCUCCCUGUGUUCCUCGAUUUGUGAGGUCCAAUAAUGUUCCAGAAUCCACCCUCCCACCUGCUUCUGUGCCAUAUGCCGACCAUUACAGUACGUUUCCACCUCGAGAUCGACUGAAUUCUCCUUACCAACCUCCUCCUCCGCAGCCGUAUGGACCAGUUCCUCCCGUCCCUUCUGGAAUGUAUGCUCCAGUUUAUGACAGCAGGCGCAUCUGGCGCCCACAGAUGUACCCACGGGAUGAUAUUAUUAGGAGCAAUUCUUUACCUCCCAUGGAUGUGAUGCACUCAUCUGUCUAUCAGACAUCAUUACGUGAGAGAUACAACUCUUUGGAUGGCUAUUACUCCGUGGCUUGCCAACCUCCAAAUGAACAGAGGACUGUGCCUUUACCAAGGGAGCCUUGUGGUCACUUGAAGACUGGGUAUGAUGAACAGUUACGACGGAAGCCAGAACAGUGGGCACAAUAUCACACACAGAAAACUCCUCUUGUAUCAUCAGCCCUUCCUAUGGCAACGCCAUCUCCAACACCACCUUCUCCUCUCUUCAGUGUAGAUUUCAACACAGAGUUCUCUGAGAGUGUCAGUGAUUUGAGUGGAACUAAAUUUGAGGAAGACCAUCUCUCUCACUAUUCACCGUGGUCUUGUGGCACUAUUGGUUCUUGCAUAAAUGCUAUCGACUCAGAGCCCAAGGAUGUGAUUGCCAAUUCAAAUGCCGUGUUAAUGGAUUUGGACAGCGGGGAUGUUAAAAGGAGAAUGCACUUAUUUGAAACUCAGAGAAGGGCAAAGGAAGAAGAUCCUAUAAUCCCAUUUAGUGAUGGACCGAUCAUUUCCAAGUGGGGUGCCAUCUCCAGGUCAUCCCGCACGGGUUAUCACACAACAGAUCCAAUUCAGGCCACUGCUUCCCAAGGAAGUGCAACUAAGCCCAUCAGUGUAUCAGAUUACGUUCCUUAUGUCAAUGCUGUUGACUCAAGAUGGAGUUCUUAUGGCUCAGAUUCAGCUUCAUCAGCACGUUAUGCAGAACGGGACAGAUUCAUAGUUACAGAUUUGUCUGGUCACAGGAAGCAUUCCAGCACUGGAGAUCUAUUAAGUAUUGAAUUACAGCAGGCCAAAAGUAACUCAUUGUUACUUCAGAGAGAGGCAAAUGCACUAGCCAUGCAACAGAAGUGGAAUUCUCUAGAUGAAGGCAGUCGACUUACCUUAAAUCUUUUAAGCAAGGAAAUUGAUUUGAGGAAUGGUGAGACUGAUUAUAGUGAAGACUGUGCUGAUACAAAGCCAGAUCGAGACAUCGAGUUGGAGCUAUCUGCCCUUGAUACAGAUGAACCUGAUGGGCAGGGUGAACAAAUAGAAGAGAUUCUGGACAUACAGCUAGGUAUCAGUUCUCAAGAUGAUCAGCUGCUCAAUGGAACAACUGUAGAGAAUGGGCAUCCACUAAAGCAGCACCAGAAAGAAUCUAUGGAACAGAAGAGACAAAGUUUAGGUGAAGACCUUGUGAUUCUGGAGGAGCAGAAAACAAUCCUGCCCGUAACUUCUUGCUUCAGUCAGCCGAUCACAACAUCUGUUAGCAAUGCAAGCUGCCUGCCCAUCAGCACAUCAGUCAGUGUUGGCAGCCUCAUUUUGAAAACUGCUCACAUUAUGUCUGAGGAUAAAAAUGACUUUUUAAAGCCUGUUGCAAAUGGCAGGAUGGUUAACAGCUGAAAGGCAUUCAUCUUUCCAGCUUGUGACCACACCGUGGAAGCAUUUACACUAGCUUUUUAUAUAUAUAAUAUAUAUUAUAUAAUGUAUAUUUUUUUUAAAGAAUAAUAUUGGGGUCAUGCAUUUCCUGUGGACUCUUUGAUACUUCAAGCCCCUCUCGCAUUAGCAUUCUGAAGAAAAAAAACUUACUUUACUAGGGUAAGGCGUUCACUUUCCACAGAUGAAUGGAAUUUGGACAUUGUUUUACUUAAGCUUAAAGCAGCUUUUUAUGAGUUUGUAGCAAUCCGGUGCGGUAUCUGAGCCAUUCUUGUUUAAAAUGGCUUCUGUAGAAAACUAACAACUCAGUUAUUUAAACUAGCAGGAUCCUACGAUGAUACAUCUAGUGAAAGGAAGACUAACUUAUUUGUCUCUAUUUUGUUUCAUGAGAGAAGAACUUGUGUCUUGUUGCAGCUGCUUUUUCCUUAGUUGUGGAACUUUGCAUGGAGUAUUGUUUCCUGAUUGAAGACUGAGAGGUGGGGAUUUGGACUUGAGACUUUUUACAGGGUUAACACACCAUUAGCUUUGCACUGCUGCAUUAUUUGCAGGUCUGUGAUGCAGUGCUUUGCUGCAGCGUUUUGUUUCCAUUUCUCCCCCCGUGCACAUACACACACACACACACACACACAUUUCUGCUUUAGUACUGUAGAUACACACAUACACAGGCUACUUGUCCAAGUAAAGUUACCAGAAGUAAACCAAGUGCCUAAGUCCUCCAGCUAACGUACUAGGUAUUGAUCUCCCGAGUUAUACACAAAACAAUUUUCAGUCAUACUGAGAGGUUAUACACUAAUGUAACAGCAGUUUGUUCUUUUUUUUUAUUAAUGGUUCUCAACUUGCAGAUUAGAAUCCAGAUGACUUGGCAAAAAGUAUCAGGUGCUCUUUGCUUUCCUUUGAAAACCCUGUAUGUAGAGUUUGCACUGACUAACAAGAUGGUAUUGCUGUUUUUGUACUGUUUUGUUUUUAAUUUAAACUAAAUAUUGGGAAUUUAAGGCAGUUAUUACCUUUUAUUUAGUGUUGUUAAUCAUAAUUUUAUAUUCAGGUUUAAUUUUUGCUUGUUCAGUGGCAACUUAUUUUGAAAGACUUUGAAAAUACAAUAAUAUAGCAUUAUCUGACCUUUAGAGCUCUGAGAAGUGUAUGAAUUUAUGCCCUGUUAAGAUGUGACUGAGAAUCCUGUUAGACAUGUCAGCUGAAGAUAGAUAUUUUUUUUCCUUUCAUAAAUGCACACGAAGUAGAGCCCUGGGCAGAUGUUUGUUUGGUUUUUAAGAAGCUUUUAAUCAGCUUUUUUUUUUUUUUUUUAAGAAGGCAGGACUCUCCCUCCUGAUGAUUACCAUCUUGUUUGUCCUCUUACUUUUCUUUGUGACAAGUUUUACUUUUUUGUUUGUUUGUUUUAUUAACUUCUGUGAAGUUGUUCACUCUGAAAAUUGUACUGGAAUAUUUUAAGCCAAGCUGAUCUUUCACCAGGUGUACUGCAUGUAAGGGCUUUUCCUGCUAGCAAAAUGCUUAAAGAGGAUCAUGUUACUGGUCGUCUGAGUUGUUAUUUUACAAAAUCACAGCUAUGUGGUCGGGUAAGAUUUUGAUAACUGUUUUGUGCACGUUUCUGGGGGGUGGGGGUUGGCAUUUCCCUGAGGGUUACUGAUUAGACUGAGUAAAUAUUGGUGUUUGAUAUCUCUCCUAAUGAACCUGUCCAUGAAAUAAUUAUGUUGUAAAUAUACCUGAAAAUCAAGGGUUAGUUUUGAUAUUCUGGUGUCAGUAUGGAAGAUCUUACACAUCUAUUUAAUACUCCAAUGUUAAGGAAUGUAUGUAGAAAAACAGUCAAGUAGUCUUUUAGUUUCCUUUGGCUGUUGCUGAACCUUCCUGUAGCCAGUGCCACCUCAUAGCUAGGGUUAGAUCGAUGCUUUGUUUCACUUGCAACUCAAAGUGAAUGGAUACAAGAACCAGACCACCUUUGUCACCUUAAUUUAUUUCCUAUUGAUGUUAACCUUAACUUAGAAUGUUAGACAUAAAUAUGAUUGUUGUAUAUUUUAUACCAAGACCAUUCUGUAAAUAUGAAUUUAUAUUACUUUUGAAAUGCUUCUGAGAUACUAUUAUUUGCUGUACAAUAUAAUUCCAAAACAGAUAUGCAAACAAGUAUGUCUCUUUCAUGGAUAUUUAAACAGUGAGAUCUUCCAUGUUGAAGGUGAUGUAAUUUUUUUAAAAGAUUUUUAAAUUUUAAAUUGCUAUUUUGUUACAAAAAUAGAGAAAAUAUAAAGGUUUGAGAAGUCCUUAUUUGCCCUCAGGGAAAGAGCCCUCUGUGCACCAGAACUCCACAGAACAUCUUCAGCAUGAUCUGAGGGUGAAUAUAUACUACAUAAAUUGAUUGUGUAUUUACCUUAACUUUUUAAUUUUAAAAUUGCAGUUUUAAAAACUUGGUUGUGCUCUGCUGGAGGGGGAUUGGAAUAAGCUGCUUACACACAUUUGCCUGUUUGUCCAGUGAAGUUACAUAAGCCUAACAUAUUCCUGCCAACCACAUUGGCAUAUAUAAGAACAAAUGUAUCUAUCUACUCUUGCCUGCAGCAGGAGGUCCCAUGAUAUAGUAGUUUCUAGGAUGACCAUAUACUUUAUAUGGAGAGUUGGUUCUUAACUGAGACUAGUUAUUUUCUUGAAUUUUUAAUGUAGAGAAUGACAGGCAAAAGAAUUACCUGGGCAUUUAAAUAGCAUGCCAGCUUUUGUCUUACAGUUCUAACACUGACUGUGUGAUUUUUGCCAUGAAACUAUGCCCUCCAGUGCCCUGACAAGUAGAAGCUACAGGUGGGAACCCAGUUCUGGCUUUCUUGGUGGAGUUUCAUCCCUUGACCCUAUGAACAAGUAUGUAUUCAUUUGUCUAGUUGCAAAUCAGGUGCCUCUGGGCUAUGGAAGGGCUUACUUUCUGACACUGAGAUAUAAUGACUAAUUUUUGUGCAUUAAUAGCAGUGGUUCCCAUUUAGCUUUUGGCCUAAGAUACCUUUGCUGUCAGAAAAAAAAAAAAAAAAGGCCCAUAGCAGAUUGGGGAAAAGAGAUUGGCUCUUUUGCUUUGCUUGGACAAGCAUUUCGAGUUUGUUUGUUGUGUUUUUUUUUCUUUUCUUUUCCCCUCUUAGGGGUACAGCAGGGAUUUCACAUGCAAGAGAUACAGGAAUUAUUAGUAUCUAAGUUAAUUGUGUUGCCUCACUACCUGGAUUCAUUCCUUGUUUUGCCUCAUUUUCCACAUAGGUCUUAAUAGAGACUAAUGCUUGUGCUGGGAGAAUGCUUGUGUGAGAAGUAAUUAUCUGUACAUUCUUAACAUAUAAUUAUAGCAGAGUGAUAGCCCUGCUACUGAUAUUUUGUUCCUGUAAACAGGUGACAAGAAAUGAAUCUUAGUGUUUAUGCAGAUUUUGCAUUGUAGAAUGUAUACUAGACCCUUCAAAGGAAAGGUUAGACUCUUUGCAAAGCAAACUGGCAUUGGUUCUUGGUAGUCUAGUACAGGGAUGCUGAAGUUUGACACUUGAUUUAAAAACAAAAAAAAAAACUGUACACAGCUGAUUGUUAAAUAAGCUCUUAAUUGCUCAUUGUAGAAGUCUAAUCUGGCAGGUUUUAGUGCUUUGAUAACAUGAUUGUGUUAUUGCACAAUUUUAAUUAUCCUCUGCUCAAGAGCUGAAUGCUGUUCUUGUAUAAUAGUGUACUAGGCUGGAUGAGGUACAAAGCAAUGCACAGUGGUAGGAAACAGCUGAGGAAAGAACACUUAAAAUAACUAUCUACACUCAGAAUAGUUCCAAACAUGUUUUUGUUUGCUUUCUUAAAGCACAAGUUGUCAAGUUGUAUCUGUUGCUGUACAUAGACACUGUAUGCCAGCAGCUCCUUGAUCAUCUUUGUGAACAAGAUUCUUCAUUAUUAUUGGGCUUAAAGGAAGACGUUGAAUUUGAGAGUGUAACAAAAUGAGAAAUGAUCUACAGUAUGUAAAAGUCCAUUCUUUAUGUUGUAGUUUGAUCCCUUCUGUUAGGCAGUUCCCUCUCAUUGAGGGACCUCUUCUGCAAGCAGAACACAACAAACGUGCUUUGGAAUAACCCAGUUUUCAGGAUAAUCGAGCGGCGCUUCGGCAGCAGGCAGCACUGUGCGUCUCUUUGCUGGCAAGGGAGCACAGCGAGGGAAGGGAGCUGUCGGUGACGGGGAAAGCCAAAAAGGAAUCGCUGACAUUCCCAAAUCCAAACGUACCCUGCACCUCCAGUCGUGAUCGAGAGGUUGCCGCCAAGGCUGAACUCGAGCGGAGCCUGCUUCUCUCGCUGCCGAAAGCCAGGGUCGCUGCCCAGAGCCCAUUGACUUACCCAGAGUAGAUCUCCGUGAAUCCGAGGCAUGGGAUGCAUGCAUUUCGUAGCUGGGCAAACAAGUAUAUUAUACGGUAGUUGUGAUACAACACACGUGGCUUUGAUUUGUACUGCACAUCCCCACUGUACAGCCACUCCGAAGUAUUGUGGUUAGCUUGCAGCAUCUGCUGUCCGCAUUUAUACUGUUUACUGCGUAUUCUUUUCCCUGGAAGUUUAAGGAAAUUUUUUUCUUGUUGCAUCGAUUACAUUUUAUAAAUUUGCUUAGCUGGAAAGUUUGGGAAAAGAGGCCUGUUUGUCAAUUGUACAACCGAUUGUGAAGCUCUAGUGUGAAUAUUUUUACGUCUGUAUUAGACAUUUUCUUUGCAAAUCUAUUGUUCGAUUGAAAUGUAAAUGAAAUAAAAGAUGGUGUACACCCAUCAUGUAUAAAGCAGGCACCAUCGCUACGAUGGAUUUAAUGCUCAUUUUUAUGGCGCAUUCUCAGCUUCUAUUUAAAACUAUAAUUUAAAAUCUGUAAAAUGAAAUGGGGUUAUAUGGGGGAGUAAAUUCUAUUCCGUUUAUUUCGGUUUGAGUUCCCGACUCGUCUGUUCCCUCGUGUUAGAGUAGGGGGGCCCCGCGCGGGGCGGCCGUGCGUGUUUGCUGUAGCACUGAAGUGAAGAGGUUUUAGCUUUGGCCGGUCACAGAGUAGAGCAUCAUGGUUUUCAGUGUUUGAGAGAAUCGAUGGAAGAAGUUUGCAGUAUUGACAUGUAUUUGCAUGCACAAAUAAAAAUUAUUUGUCCACCUUAA